GGUGGCAGUUUCAAUCGAUCCAAGUCCUUUCUGGGUCCAACAUUUUUGCUGUUUCAAAGAAAACUAGAGGUAAUUUACAGGGGGCAGAAAAGAAAAGAACGGAAAGGCAAAACCCUUCUUACUAAUCCUGUCUCACCAUCAGUGACGCCUCCCUCUGUUCGUUCCCUCCGCCGUGGACGACCGACGGCACGUGGGAACAGUGGGCACCUACUCUAUUUGAUUGAAGUUUAAGUAGUUAUUGACAUAUACAGGCAAACAGAUGGCGGAAGAAGCAGUAUUGGGGUUUCUGGAAAAGAACGAACUGAUAACAGAUUCAGGUGAGUUCGCUGUGGAACAAGGGAUCAGUCAUGACGAGAUUGUGAACGUCAUUAAGAGUCUCAAUGGCUUUCGAUUCGUCGAUGCUCAGGAUAUUAAGAAGGAGAGAUGGCAACUAACUGCUGAAGGCAAAACUUAUGCUGCUAAUGGAUCUCCGGAAUUCCAACUAUUCAUGGCCAUCCCACAGGAGGGUAUCUCACGAGUUGAACUGCAGAAGAAGUUGGGAGACUCAGUUUUCAAAAUAGGUUGCCAGCAAGCCAUAAAAAAUAAAUGGGUGGAGAUGGGGAAGUCACAAGUCUCUAGAAAGGUUGCACAUGUCGAUGAUAAUGUGAAGGCUAUGCUCGUAAGGAUAAAUGAUGGAGAGGCCGUUAGCCAAGAGGAAAUUGAUGCUCUGAAGAGAAGAAAACUUAUUUCUCCACAGAUAUGGAAAGGCUACUCAGUUAGAAAAGGUCCUAAUUAUGCCCCAAAAAGAAGGAAGCCUGCCACUGAUUUAACCCGAGAAAAUCUGCAAAGGGGUGACUGGAAGGAUUUGCAGUUUAAAGAAUAUAAUUUCAGUGCAAAAGGUUUGCCUGCUGAAGGCGGUUAUCUCCAUCCACUGCUCAAGGUACGGCGACAAAUGCAGAUGAUUUUCCUUCAGAUGGGAUUCGAGGAGAUGCCCACAAACAAUUAUGUGGAAAGCAGCUUCUGGAACUUUGAUGCACUUUUCCAACCGCAACAACACCCUGCCCGUGAUUCACAUGAUACAUUCUUUUUACGAGAACCUUCUACCACAAAGAUGCUUCCGGAAGAUUAUGUUGAGAGGGUGAAGCAGAUUCAUGAGUCUGGAGGUCAUGGAUCAAGAGGGUAUCAAUAUGACUGGAAACGAGACGAAGCAAAUAAAAACUUACUACGAACUCAUACAACUGCUGUCUCCUCGAGGAUGCUGUAUGCACUUGCACAGAAACCUUUUGAAGCCAAAAAGUACUAUUCUGUUGAUCGGGUUUUCAGAAAUGAAGCUGUUGAUCGGACACAUCUUGCAGAAUUUCAUCAAAUAGAAGGGCUUAUAUGUGAUCGCGGACUAAAUCUUGGGGACCUGCAGGGUGUGCUGUAUGACUUCUUCUCACGUUUGGGAAUGUCCAAGUUGCGUUUCAAGCCUGCCUACAACCCUUACACUGAACCCAGCAUGGAAAUAUUUGGUUAUCAUGAAGGCUUUAAGAAGUGGGUUGAAGUGGGAAAUUCUGGGAUGUUCAGACCCGAAAUGUUACUUCCUAUGGGACUCCCCGAGGAUGUUAGAGUUAUUGCGUGGGGACUUUCCCUGGAACGGCCAACUAUGAUACUUUAUGGCAUUGAUAACAUCAGAGAUCUUUUCGGGCACAAGGUGGACCUCAGUCUCAUUAAGAGCAACCCCAUAUGCCGCAUUGGUCUGCAAUAAGAUUUCUAUGUAUACCUUAAUGGUCGAUUACGAUGCAAAUGAUCAAUUAAUAUAUGUUAUCUUCGACUCAUACACCUUAAGUUUAUUGGCACAGAAUACUCCCCAUCAUCAUGGUGAUCCUUUUAGCUGUUUGCUCCCUGAUAUUUGUUCAACGAUAGAUUUGUAGUCUUUGUUAUGAAAUUUGGGAAUUUUCCGUACAUUUUUGUAAUCCAUAUUCCUUUAUUUUGUAGUUUGUACUACGAUAUGCUGCAAACUA